GGCAUCGGUCUGCAUUGAAGCUGCUGCCAUUUUAACGAACUGUGAGCAAUGCGAGCGAGGCCGCACAAAGAGUCUGCAGUCUGCACGAAUAAACAAUGCUUUAAUAUUUAGUCUGCGGCUAGUGCAUUUGUAAUUGUUAAACAGUCGACAGGUUUUUAUUUGGAUCACAUUCAUAUUUCAUCAUGUCUACCGAAACUGCACCAGACCAGGCGGCAGAGUACAUCCCAGAGAAGGUCAAGAAAGCAGAAAAGAAGUUGGAAGAAAAUCCAUAUGACCUCGACGCGUGGAGCAUACUGAUUCGAGAAGCACAGAACCAAGCCAUAGACAAAGCAAGGAAGACAUAUGAGCGACUUGUCGCCCAGUUUCCCAGUUCGGGCCGAUUCUGGAAACUUUACAUUGAAGCUGAGAUCAAGGCUAAAAACUAUGACAAGGUUGAAAAGUUAUUUCAGAGGUGCUUGAUGAAGGUCCUGCACAUUGACCUGUGGAAGUGUUACCUCUCAUAUGUCCGUGAAACCAAAGGAAAACUGCCCAGCUAUAAGGAAAAGAUGGCACAAGCUUAUGAUUUUGCUUUGGAUAAGAUAGGAAUGGAAAUUAUGUCCUAUCAGAUUUGGGUGGAUUACAUCAAUUUCCUCAAGGGGGUUGAAGCCGUGGGCUCGUACGCAGAGAAUCAGCGCAUCACGGCCGUCAGACGCGUGUACCAGAGAGGCUGUGUCAAUCCCAUGAUUAAUAUUGAGCAACUUUGGAGGGAUUACAGUAAAUAUGAGGAGGGCAUAAAUGUGCAUUUGGCCAAAAAGAUGAUUGAAGAUCGGAGCAGGGACUACAUGAACGCCAGGAGAGUCGCUAAGGAGUAUGAGACGGUGAUGAAGGGUCUAGACCGAAACGCCCCAUCAGUGCCGCCCCAAAACUCCCCACAGGAGGCCCAGCAGGUGGAGAUGUGGAAGAAAUACAUCCAAUGGGAGAAGAGCAACCCACUGCGCACCGAAGACCAGACACUUAUCACGAAAAGAGUUAUGUUUGCCUAUGAGCAGUGCCUUUUGGUACUUGGACAUCAUCCUGACAUCUGGUACGAAGCUGCCCAGUACCUGGAACAGUCCAGUAAACUACUGGCAGAAAAAGGGGACAUGAAUAAUGCCAAGCUGUUUAGUGAUGAGGCAGCUAACAUUUAUGAGCGUGCUAUAGGAUCUCUGCUCAAGAAAAACAUGCUACUUUACUUCUCCUUUGCAGACUAUGAAGAGAGUCGGAUGAAACACGAGAAGGUUCAUAGUAUAUACAACCGCCUCCUUGCGAUAGAAGAUAUUGAUCCUACCUUGGUCUACAUUCAGUACAUGAAGUUCGCUAGAAGAGCUGAAGGCAUCAAGUCUGGCCGAACCAUCUUUAAAAAAGCCAGAGAAGACCUUCGGACACGGCAUCAUGUGUACGUUACUGCUGCUCUUAUGGAGUACUACUGCAGCAAGGACAAAUCUGUGGCCUUUAAGAUAUUUGAGCUUGGACUGAAGAAAUACGGCGACAUUCCUGAAUACAUUUUAGCCUACAUUGAUUACCUCUCUCACCUAAACGAGGACAACAACACCAGAGUCCUGUUUGAGAGGGUGCUUACGUCUGGAAGUCUUUCCCCUGAGAAGUCUGGGGAAAUUUGGGCACGCUUUCUUGCCUUCGAGAGCAACAUCGGGGAUUUAGCCAGUAUCCUGAAGGUAGAGCGAAGACGUUUCCUGGCCUUCAAGGAUGAGUACGAGGGCAAGGAGACGGCUCUGCUGGUGGACCGGUACAAGUUUAUGGAUCUGUAUCCUUGCUCACCCUGCGAGCUCAAAGCCCUCGGCUACAAGGAUGUGUCUCGUGCCAAAUAUGCAGCAAUGAUCCAAGAGGCUGUGGUUGCUCCAUCUGCACCAACGCUGAAGGAUGAAGCCGACCGCAAACCCGAGUACCCCAAACCCGACACUUGCCAGAUGAUCCCUUUUCAACCACGACAUCUCGCCCCUCCUGGACUUCACCCUGUUCCUGGAGGAGUGUUUCCUGUCCCACCCGCUGCUGUUGUUCUCAUGAAGAUCCUCCCGCCUCCCAGCUGCUUUACAGGUCCUUUUGUGCAAGUUGACGAGAUGAUGGAGACUCUCAGAAGAUGUGUACUUCCAGAGACCGUAGAUGCUGCUGUAGAGUUGAUCACCGGCAAACAGUUAGAGAUGAGCAGCGAGGGAAACGGUCCUGUGGAGAACCAUGGAAUGGCAAACAAAUCCUUAAAAAGGCCAAACGCGGAUUCGGAUGAAGAGGAAGACAAAGGGUCCGUCGCACCUCCGAUUCACGACAUCUAUCGAGCACGACAGCAGAAGAGGAUUCGAUGAGCUUGCAACACACGCCCCCAUGCGCUCCUCUGUCUGAACAUCACCCAUGCCUACAACGAACAAUGAAACCUGUAUCCACCCCUGUGUGUCACACCUGACUGAAGGAGUGCCGAUUCCCUGGUGUUUUACUGUGAACCCUGCACACGUCGACCGAAGGGGCCAGGAAAGUUUCUCUCCGGGUUGACUUGUUUCCCAGCAGGGCUUUGGGAGUCUUUGAACUGAUCGCUAGAGAUAAUCCCAUUACCGUCAUUCAUCUCGGAUCGCGUUCGUUUUCGUUCUGUGCUUUUUUUUUAAGCAGUUUUAUUUUUUAAAACUGGGUGGUUUAUACUGU